AACAAGCGUCUUCCGGCGCCGUCAGCUGUGGUCGCUGCUAGCAGGAGAGGCUCAACGGUAAUGGUGCGAGAAAUGGCAGCUCCUUCAAAUUUGGUUGCAAAAAGUGGACGUCGCUUUAAAUGGGCGAUUGAGUUCAGCAGUGGUGGCACCAGGGGUCGAGGUGAGAGGAGUGCUCCACAAGACAGUAUGUAUCCAGUAGGGUACUCUGACAAACAAGUCCCAGACACCAGUGUACAAGAGUCUGACCACAUCCUUGUAGAGAAGCGCUGCUGGGACAUCGCCUUAGGACCACUAAAGCAAAUCCCCAUGAACCUGUUCAUAAUGUACAUGGCUGGGAACACAAUUUCCAUCUUCCCCAUUAUGAUGGUGUGUAUGAUGGCAUGGCGUCCCAUACAAGCACUGCUUGCUACACCGGCCACCUUCAAGCUCCUGGAGAGCUCUGGUCAGCGGUUUCUUCAAGGACUGGUUUACUUAAUUGGGAACCUUCUGGGUCUUGCACUGGCUGUUUAUAAGUGUCAGUCUAUGGGACUUCUCCCCACACAUGCUUCUGAUUGGCUGGCCUUCAUUGAACCACCUGAGAGAAUGGAGUACACUGGAGGAGGGCUCUUACUAUGAUGGUCUUUUCAUAAAGGAACACAUGCAGUGCUGAAUUUCACAUCCACUUCUCAGACUUUGCUCUGUAUCCUAAUAAAUUAUUAUGAUCAAAGUAUUGUGUGGAGUCUGACUGUAAUAAACA